AUGAAUUGCACUGACUUCAACAAUAACUACAUCACCAAAUCCAAACCCACAAGCUGGGAGACCAUCGCCACCAAACGUCGAGAAGGCGAUUUCUUCCGUGGGCACGACAGAAAUGGCGGACGGCGAGAUGACCUAGGGUUUGCGGGGGAUGAAUUUUUUCGUCGAGACGUGAUGCCCUACGAGGAUGAUGACCAUCAGCGUCGCGACGGGAUUUUCGAGGACGACGGCUUUGGACGGCGUGAUGGCCAGCGGCAGGCGGAUGGCGAUCAUCUUCACCGACGGGGGAUUUUCGAGGACCGCGAUGACGCGGCCGUUGAUGUGCAAAAUCCGGGCAGGUGGCCGCAAACGACGGGGAGCGGGGCUGGUCAGACGAGCGCGGGUGGUCGUUUUCUGGUGUUGGGCUCGGGAGGGCAGCAACCCGCGGCGGUCGGUCAGCGGACGGGAGCGGGAUUGCGGUGCUUUGGCUACGGAAAAGUGGGACACCGAUAG